CAUUUUAUGUGUAUAAUAGUACACUAGUAGAAAACGUAUCACUAAGUGACUAUUACAUAAUUUAUAUCAAAGAUGAAAAUUUUUUUUUUGAAAAAACAUUAUAUGAUCACCAAUUUUGGCAUACCACUAAAACUUAUUUAAUAGUAAGUGAAAAAAGAUUAAAUACUAAAAUAAUAUGGCCACAAAUCAAACGUAUUUGGAAAAUGUUCAAAGUUUUCAAAAUUUCCUUAUUGAAUUUAAACAAUUUGAAAGUUCUAAGGAUAUUUGAUGGCGGAUUUUAUAAAUACGUUACAAGUCGUAAAUUGAACUAUGGAAUAAAGAAUGUGAAGCAAUAUCCAUUACGAGCGGUUAUAUUUCCGAGGAUGCCAUCUAUAAUAUAUCAUAAUGGUCAAUGGACUGGACCGGACUGGCAAACAUUGGAGGCGUUUUCGAAAAGAAUGAAUUUUUCUCUUGAAUUAUCUUUUUUUUCAGAUCAAUCUUUGUUUGGAAAUAGGUUAGAAAAUGGAACAUAUACAGGUGUACUGGGUGAAGUGGUUUACGGGCGAGCAGAUGUGUCUUUCAACAGCCGUUUUUUGAACGAUCCGAUGAUCCACAAGCCAUAUCAAUAUACCCUUAACAAUGGCUUGGAUUACAUAUGUUUUAUUGUGCCAAAAGCCGAAACAUUGACUAGAUUGCAGAUACUGUGGAUGACUUUCAGCGUUGAAGUUUGGAUAUGUGUGGCUGUUACGUAUGCGUUGAUGACUAAGUCUUUUCAACUUUUUAAUAAAUUAAAUUUGUCUGGUGGACGAAAAAUAUCUGAUCCGUUUAUGACUAGCCUUCAGGUCGUUUUGGGAAUGGGCGUUUGUAGCAUACCAAAACACGUGGCUGGGCGUAUAAUGUUUGUAUCAUGUUCAGUAGCUUGUUUUGUUAUCGUUACUUUAUUCCAAGCAUCAAUGGUGACAAAGUUAAGCACAGAAACCAGUCAAAAAGAGAUCGACACAUUAGAGGAACUUGAUAAGAGUGGAAUGGAAAUUCGAACUUCAUUACAAUAUGUUCGAGAUGCUUUAGCUAUGUAUUCACAUACGAAAUCCCUUGCAAAUAAAAUAGAUGUUCAAAAAGAAAGACAAGGUUAUAUUGCGUCAAAAUUUGUAUUUAUUGCCAGGAUUAUGAAUUUGAGUCUCUCAAAGUAUUCAAAUUUUAUUGGACAUUUUCAACAACAAAGUGUUGCCUUGCAUAUAGUACAAGAAUGUCCACUUCAACAUUAUCUAACUUAUCCGAUUUCCAAAGACUUUCCGUUUUUGGACGAGCUAAAUGAUCUUCUUACACGUAUUCAAGAAGCUGGAAUUACUGACAAAUGGAAAACAGAUAUUCAAAAGAUAGAAACAGUUUAUUAUGAACCACUAUAUCCUAACACAUCAAAAGGUUUAAAAGCAUAUUCGUUGAAUGAUUUAUGGUUUGCUUUUAUGUUUUUAUUCGUUGGCUAUAUAAUUUCAAUGAUUGCACUUAUAUUAGAAUUUGUUUUCAAAAGAAUUAAAAAAUGAAAUCACAUGGAUAUUUCUUAUCAAUACAAUUGACUAAAUACAUUAAUGGCACACAAUUAUUUUAAUUAAUUUAAAUUUUAAAUAAAAUAAUAUAUUGUACAGUUAAAUUAUAAAAUUCACUAUAAUAAAUAUAUAUGACUUGUUUUUUUUU